AUGGCCACUGAUGUUUUGUUGCCGACCGAUACUCUCACAGCCCGAUCUACUUGCUCUUUUAUACUGACAGUGCUAACUUUCGAUCUGCACCCACCACAUAUAUUUGCAAUGCCUUCUUCGACAGAACGGACCAUGACUAAGGGAUUCGAGGAUGAGGAUGACAUGAAUGUCUCGACCGACUCAAGCACAGUUGGCGGGGUCGAGCUCAAUCACGAGAUGCCUUCACUAGAAGAGCCAGAUGAAGUCGGCGGCGCGACUCUCCUUGACCACUAUGCUCUGAAAAAGUUUCGACUUUUUCCCGACAGACAACCUUUCUUCGAUGACGACUUGGCUGACAAAAGCGAUUCCUGUGCAAAGAUUGCCAGUCCCAUCUGGGACCGCGCAAGCGGAGGAGCUUCCAGACUCAAACUCGCUCCAUUAAACACACGCAACCUCAAAGGCUUCUUCGACUUGCCAUUCGGCCCCAAAAACAACUCCCCAGUCUCAGACAGUAGCUCUGUCAUGGACGCGAUCCAACGAAUCAUUGACUACGAAAGUCAAGGGAACGAAAAUGUAGAGCACGACAUUGAAGAGAAGACUUCACUCUCCCAGAUGGUCGAGACCGAGCACGUGCCUGUCAUUGUCUUUCACCUUUUCCACAAGCUCCCAAAGAAGCUCCGACUCAUGAUAUGGAAUCUGAGUUGCCCAGAUGCGAGACUGGUCGAGUUGAUUGAAUAUCAGGGGAAUUGUCAGUUCUACGGAGCGGCUCAACGUGUUGCUAAUCUAUAUGUAUGUCGAGAGUCGCGUGUCGAAACUUUGAAGUCCUACCCGUUGUCGUUCUCAGUCAAUUACGAAGAUCCCUUGGUGCCAUUCAACUUUGAGAAAGAUACGUUAUUACUAGGGCGAAAUUUGUUGGAUGAGGAUAGCCAUAUAUACUUCCGUAAGCAUUGUGACCGGGGGGAUCUCGCGAAGGUGCAGCGGUUGAUGGUUGAUACCAAACUUUACUGGAUGACGGAAGAUGAUGAGCAAAGAAUGAUUCAGAAGUUGGAGGAGGAUUGUGUGAAGCCAAGAGGGAGAGAUAGAGGAACGGGAUUUGGGGGGUUGAGUAGAAUUGUGUUUAGUGGGCUUGUGGAGUAUACGGCUCUUUAUACUCAGUACACUGAUCCCUUACCUGGUAAGUUUUCCUCAUUCUACUUUAUCAGACACCCUUUCUCCCCUCUCUCUCUCUUUAUUCAAAAAAUUAUUCGCCCCCACUCCAACUAACACCCCCUCACAGCAUGGGCCGAAAAAUCCUGGUAUCCCACCAUCCCCCUCUUCCCCUUCCUACGCUCCGCAACCACCCGCUGGGAAGACGAAUAUCAAGCCCUCAAGCAAUCAUGGUCGCAUCUCCAACCUCUGCACACCCUCCACGACCACGCCAUCUACAACCCCCUCACGCAGCCCUGGAUGCAACACGCGCGCCACGGGGGUAUCAGUGAAGAGAUGAAGUGGGAUCCUGCGAUUAUCCGGUGGAAGAUGCCGAGGAUUGCGUGUAUGGGCCUUGAGGAGAAGGUUGUGGAUGCGUUUUUUGAGAGUGAGUGGGUGCCGUGGCCGUUUUUGUUGGUGGAUCGGUGUAUUGGGGAUGUUUUUGAGUAGGGGGUGAUGGAGUGGGGGU